GUCAAAUCAGCUGUACCGUGGUUGAAAAAGAAUUCUAGUCUCUCAUGUGUUAAAUGUUAUUUAAAUUAAAUGUAAUUCACGAAAUUAUAGUAGACUUUUAUUUUUUUAUAUAAAUUUAAAAUAACGUUGUAAAGAAUAUUAUUGAAGUUUAUUCACAUAUAUAAUAUUUAAGACAAGUUAUACCUAGUAGAACUAUAAUUAAUAAUGAAAUUCUGAAUAUUUACAUAAUUACCAUUUUUAUUAUCAUUAAUAAGUAUUAAAUUAAACUUGAGCAGUUAAUUAACGAUAUGUACAACUUUUAUGUAUUUAGAGGUUGAUAUUAAAAAGUGAUGUAAUUAGGCGCAAGUCUUCGUUUCUUUAAAAGAAAACUUUGCACUUUGAUGUUUCAUUCGACUUGAGGGAGACCGUGGUGCUAGAUAUUCCAUAGAUAGAUCUACUAUGGAUCAUACAAGGUGAGGUGAGGAUGGUGUGGCGCGGGCGACGCGUGCGCCGCCCCGCCAUCGCCGGCGCACUACUAUGGCACCAUCACUCGCACCUGACAGGCUCAACGAGGAGACGGCGCGUUCACCCUGUUUGAGUGAAAACGGAAACAUCGCGGUCAAAAUGAUGGCGACACAGAGACGCGUCCUGUUGGACGUCCUCAUGGCGUGCUGGGGCAUGGGCACCUGGCUCGGCAUCAACGGCCUGUACGUGCAGCUGCCACUACUCGUCGAAAGGCUGCCCGAGGGCUGGGCCUUACCAGCUUCUAUGACUGUGGCCGUACAAAUCGCUAACAUUGGCCUCCUACUCUACGCUUUAUUACGGCGUAUAUUUACGAGGGUUAAGGAUGCAACCUACAUAUAUGGACUAUUAAUGAUUGGUGCAUUAGCUCUCAUUCUCAAUGCGUUCCUAUACACGAAGACAGCGACAGUCGGCAACACAGAACGCUCCAUGGCAUUCCUAUCGUUAACGUUCUUCGCCGGUCUCGUAGGCUGUACUAGUUCAGUAUUAUUUUACCCGUACUUAAGGUAUUUCCGGGAGAUCUACUUAGCUACCUAUUUAGUUGGGGAGGGAUUGAGUGGAUUUAUACCAAGUAUCUUAUCGCUCAUACAGGGCGUAGGUGGAGAGCCGGAGUGCGUACCCUCCGGGAACUUUACGAUACCUGUGUAUCCGCCAGCGCGAUUCGACUCCACAGUGUUUAUGCUCGUACUCGGAGUCCUUUCAAUUGCUAGUUUAUUAAGCUUCACAAUUAUAGAUAGCACUAGAAUAUUUGCGUCGGAAAGAGUGUCCCUGACGGCUGCAGUGAAAGAUGAGGAAGCAGUACAGCAGUACUCGCUCCUGCAUCCGAAAUGGGUGUCGAUUCUAUUGCUGAUGGCGGUUCUGAAUGCGCUGUCAAACGGCGUAUUGCCAUCGGUGCAGUCGUACUCGUGCAUGCCGUACGGAACGCGAGCGUACCAUCUGGCGGUGGCGCUGGGUACUAGCGCUAACCCGAUGGCGUGCCUGGCCGGCGUGUGGCUGCCGCCGGUACCUAGCAAGGCACUCGCAGCGAUGCUGUCGGUGGCUGUGGUGCCAUUCGUCUACAUUUUGACCACGGCUGUGAUGAGCCCGUCACCACCUCUGCAGCAUCAGACCAGCGGUGAAGCUUUAGUCGUUUUGUCAUGGGUGUGCGUGCUGGCUGUGGUGUCGUACGCUCGCAUGUGGGUGUACGGGUGGGCACGUGGCGGCGGCGCGCGUGGCAUGCGGGCGUGCGGCGUGGCCACGCAGCUCGGUUCGGCGAUCGGCUCGCUGCUCUUGUUCCUGCUCGUUAACUACACGGACCUGUUCACGCAGCCCGACGUCUGUUCGACCGUUAUAUAGAAAGUUUAUAGAUAGAACAAAAUAUAUUUAUAAUUUGUUGA